CGGAGCCCAAAACAGCAAAGAGACCUACUGCAACAUAAGAGAGUAAAACCCUGAAAUCUAUCCUAUAAAUAAACAUUUUCCUCAGUUUUAUUCAAAACCCUAGUCUCUCUCCAUUGUAGCCGCGUCUCCUUCCUUUGAGAUAUCAGAGUUUUUUUGGUUUCAAAUCUCGAGUAACAAUGUCGGUUGGAGAACUAGCAUGCACUUACGCCGCCCUUAUUCUUCACGACGAUGAAGUCGCCGUCACUGCUGAGAAGAUCGCUACUCUAGUUAAAGCAGCCAACAUUGAAUGCGAGUCAUUCUGGCCAAGUUUGUUUGCCAAGCUUGUUGAGAAGAGGAACAUUGAGGACCUAAUCAUGAACGUAGGUGCCGGUGGAGGAGGUGCUGCUCCUGUCGCUGUUGCCGGAGGUGCUGCUGCUGCCCCUGCUGCUGAAGAAAAGAAGGAAGAGAAGGAGGAAGCCAAGGAAGAGAGUGACGAAGAAAUGGGAUUCAGCUUAUUCGAUGACUAAGCUGCUACUCAUAUGUUUCUUUCUAUCUUUGUCUUAGUCUAUUAGUGUUAUGACGGAAGUUAUAAUUUCCAAGAGAUUUUUGUUAAAUUUCUUUUUGUACCAUGGGUGAUCAUAGAUGUUGAGGAUUUGCCAUUGCUUUUGCUGUCUUGAGUCAUCUACAUUUUAAUACAGAGUAAUCUAGUUAUUUUUGCCCCUUUAAA